CGGCGAGUCCGAGGCUCAGAACGGUGGUGUGACCAUGAUGGAGUCGACAUGAGAUGAAUACCUGAAGAUUGUAGGUUUACUUUGAAUAUGAUUUUGAACAUUUCCUUGCUGGAUUUCACGUGAACAAUCAUCAUGGGGUCAUCGGAGAAGUGUUUCACAAGAGCUGUUCACACGACGUUGAUCGUGAUGUUCAGCGUUCAACUGGUGAGCACAGUUGAGAGGCAGGUGUUCGACUUUCUUGGCUUCAUGUGGGCGCCCAUCAUUGGCAACUUUUUCCAGCUGUUUUGUGUCAUCAUUGGCCUGUUCGGCACCUGUCAGUACAGACCAAGGUUUAUAAUUGUGUAUACAGUCUGGAGCUUGUUAUGGCUGGGCUGGAACCUCUUUGUUAUCUGCAUCUAUCUGGAGGUGGGAGUAUUGAGGAGGGAUAAAGAGUUGUACAUUUUAACAAUUGGAACAAAAAAUAAGAGUUGGUGGUUGGAACAUGGAGUUGGGUGCACCGUGACCAACACUUCAUGGAUGAGCUCAGUGCCACCCGAGGCCAGCCGCCCCAUCCCCCCAGAGGAAUUUGUGGACGGCUGUAUCCUGCAGUACUAUUAUGUUGAAGUAAUCCAUGCUGCUGUGCAGUGUCUGUUAUCGCUCCUGGGUUUUGUGGUGUCGUGUGUGACAAUCUACGCCUACACAGAAGAAGAGGAGUCUUAUGAUCAGUACAUCCGUUACACAGAAGCCAGUCCAGCCAAUGAUGAACUGGAGUUUGUCAAGAUGCGAUACCGCUCCCCAGCACACAACGCUUACAGAGACAAUCAGACAUUUGACCACGUAAACAUGUCCGAGUUUACCACGCUGGAGAUGCCCCCUAGUUACGACACCACGAUGAGGGACAACAGCCUUGCGGACACGACCGCUGCCAACCUGUACUACGCUUCUGAUAGGCAGAGUGUUCGCAGCAAGGCAAGCACGCGGUCCAAGAGAUCCAUCCAUCGCAAUGGGACAACCCCUAUAAACAAUAACUAUGAACGGAGGGAGGAACUGCCAUGGGUUCAGAUCACACCAUCUGCUCAUGGGGACAACAAUCAUCACAGGAAUUACCCAUAACGUACAUGUCAUAUCAUACAGGAUUUUGUGCUUCAAUGUGUUUUAACUUAUAUGUGGAAGAGAGGAGUCAAACCAUUUCCACAACCCACCUUGAUCAGUUCGGAGAUGAAGUUUCCUCGAAUGCUGCACAUGUCACUGACCUUUGACCUCUGGAGCUAUGUUUUUGGAGAUGUGAUAAUUUAGUCCUUGAGAUGUAUGUAUGUGAAAACAGUGCUGUUCCUUUGUGUGUGAUGUGAUAUGAUGCAGGUGAGGAUGGACCAGAUUUGCAUGAAUUCUGUACCUCAAGGUUGAUGGCAAGUGACUGGUUACCAUGGCAACCUUUUACAGUGAUCUCAAACCUCGUCAUAGGACAUGUCAGUGUUUUCCCUCCUGUUGUUGUUUAUGUCACAAAACAUGACCUUGGGGAUCAUGGCGUGGUAAACUUGCCUCACUACCUGCUGUGGUCUUAUGUUGUAGGUGGUAAAUCUUUGAAAAUCAGUUUGCAACAAAAGUUACAGUGAAGUUUGGAAUCAGUAAAUGGAUAUACAGGGGUGUGGAAAAUCAAUGUUACGCAAGAUGGCCCAAAUCAGCUUUGUCUGUGGACAACCUUAAAAUUUGUCAGACCUUUAGUCGAGUUUGAUAAAAUAUUAUAACAGAUACUAAAUAUACCUUGGAAACGUGUAAACAUUGCCAGUAUGACCAAUCCAACUGACGUCAGUGUAUUGUUUACUUCCUUGUUCUGGUUGCGAUGGCACUUUGUGAUAUGCUCUCUGAUUGGUUGAUCACAGUACCACAUAGCCAAUUGUUCAUGGCAGACCACACUGGCUGCUCAAGACAAGUGGUUUGAGUUGCAUCACGGCCUAGCAAUGGAUGAUUUUCUUUAUUAGUGGUGGGGGAAAUCGUGGAGCUACAUCAACUGAUUCAAUCAAAGGCAGUGAAAGACAAGUGUGAUAACCAUUUUUGGUCAAUAAUCAGGACAAGUCAAGUUUGUCUCUAGACAAGUAAAUUUUUAUUGUUCACUUGACCAGGGAUAACCUCACCAUGUUGAUAUUUCCACACCCCUGCAUUAUAAUAAUUUAUUAACCUUGUUGAAACAUGAUGACUAACCUCUGGUAAGUGCUGGACCGUUGUUAUCUUCUGUAAGUUUUAGAUGAUAAGUGCAUAUACAUGUAUACAUUGUGCAGCAUUACGAGAUGGGGCUAUGGCUUAUGCUUCAUGGACAGCUCAUCUGCAAGUACAGUUAUUUCAGGUUAGGAUCAUGACAAGCUCUCUGUUCUGAUGGCUUUCUUAAGGCAGUGCAAUACAACUGGCUAUGUUUAUAGGUAUUUACAGCUGAAGUGUGAUAAGAUUCUCGAGACGUUUUAUAGGCUUAGAAUUUCUUCCAAUGUUCUGACAGACUGUAUUAGACUAGUUUGAAGUAACAGGGGGCUCAUUUGAUCUGUAAAAGCUUUUAUUUUUUAUUCAAAGUACUUUGCUCUUGUCAACCAUUUGUGUUGAAAACAAGCGUGGAAAGGAAUUAGUUUCCUGUUUUAUGUCUGUAGAGUGUUUCAAUAAGCAUUCCAGGAACUUGUAUUGUAUUUGGUUUGAGAUUUGUUGAUUUUAUUGACUAGGGCAAACUAGGGUAACACAAUUAUUUCGUUGCAAUAAUAUGACAGUUGUUUGUUUCUGUUAGAUAUAUUUUGAACAUGAAGCAUUUUCGUAAUAAAAUAUAUUUAUGAACUUCAACAGCUGUACAGACUGCAAGAUUGUUGUAGAAACAGUUUUAGAACAUUAUCUAAAGUAUAUAUAUUUAUCUACCUAAACUGUCUUCCACUGCUUGGUAAGCAUUUCUUGAUGACUAACUAUAAAGUCUGCGAACAUGUUCAGCAAAUAUUUGAUAAGUACUGUUUUGAUAGCUUUUUAUCUAUGUUCUUGCUUGUAUAUAGGUUAUUGCCACAUUGGUAACCUCUAGUACAUUUAAUUUAGUCACUCAUACAGCUAAGAGAUUAUAGUUUCUUGUGAAAAAAUGUUUUUUGAGAAAAAGAACCACCAAAAUUUAAUUGAGUCACUCAUACAGUUAAGAGAUUAUAGUUUCUUGUGAAAAAAUGGGUUUUGAGAAAAAGAACCACCAAAAUUUCAGCACAAGUCAGCAUCACAAUCAGGAUGGUAGAGGUGUAUGUGUACAUUCUGGUUUCCAAUGCGCUGAAAUGUCAUUGUGCUUCAAGUUUGUUCAGAAGCACUCAACAGACAUUUCACUACUGUAAAGAGUGUCCUUGCUGCAAUGGACAAUGUUAAUCUCACUUGUUACACACAACAUGUUGAAUUAUAUAUUGAUAAUUGUAAAUAUGAUUUCACACUAUUGAAUAUGACCGUCAUGCAGGUAUGUCGUUGAUUAUUUAUAACGUCACUCACAAUUAUUUCUACUAACACCAUGCUGUAUAUUGUGCUUUGGGGGUUAAUGUAGAGUUUCAUCACAACCUUACGUUUACUGCUUGUCAAGGCUAUUCUGGGUUUUUUUCAGCCAUGGGUAUAAUGAUCAUUCCUUUAUGUUAAUUUUAACACUCUUUAUUUGCCAUGUAAGUUAUGGUGAUUUUUCUUGGUUGUGAUUUGUAAAAAGAAAAGUCUGUACAAUGAUAGAAUAUCUGAUGUUUAUGUUUAUCAAAACUAGCUUCAUAAGUGUAUGGUUUUAUGUAGCUAUCCAGGAUUUCAAAGAAUAUGUGUGGUAUGUUGUUAAUGAAAAAUUUUGGAAGUGGAAAUGUUUUGAUUAUCAAACACAUACACAUAAUCAAAAUAACCAGUCUCUCUUUUCACCAAAAUUUGUUUUACCAUUUUGGCCAUUUCACAGUUUGUUUCCUUUGUUGACUGUUAGCAUCUACGUAAGUCUUUUGUAGGAAUAGUUGGGAUCACGUUCCUUUUAACCAUGUUGUGUCAACUUCAUUGUAAUAUACUGUGCUCAUUUGUACUUACAUUAUUGUGAUAUUAUCAAACAGAUUCAUCAUAGACUGUUAUAUUGUAGAUUCAAUUACUCAGUGUUCAUAUGUUGGAUGAGGACAGUGUCCAGCCAACAUUGACCUUUUGUUGUUUUUAAAUCUUGCCAUCUUAUAGACAAGUCAGAUGAUUGACUUUUAAUGACGCAGGCUAUGUUUUAGUGUUUGUGAAAUUACCAUGUAGUUUUGCCAUCAGUUCAUCUCAUCAGCCCAUGCAUAGUUCAGCCUUUAGGAGUUCAAUCUGCCAUUGUUUGGGUCUUGCAACUUUCCUCCAAUGUAUUUAUGAAUGUGUCUGUCUUUGCCUUGAUUUAGAAAUGCUCAGCUUGGGCUUAAGGGUUGUUGGUGUCUGAAGGUGCUGCAUUUUGCUGUGCAGAGUUGUAGUUCAUAUACUGUUCAAGGCAUUGUUAAACCCACCUUACUCAACCAUUCACUUAGGUGUUGACUAGAAUUUCACAGGUAAUUGUCAAUUUCAUGCUAAUUAUUUGAGGUGGGCUCCUGCAUCAGCCAGAAGGUCAGUCAAACACUCAGACAUUUCACUCAUUGGGGAUAGCCCUUCCAUUCCAUUGUAUUCCCUCAUAGGGAGGUAGGUAUUUGUCCCCCAAGGUACAAUCGUCAGUGGAUACAGGAUUGUGUGUACUGACUGCAGUUUGGUGCAGGAGCUCUGGCAGCACAUCUGUGAUAGAGGGAGAGGAGAGCCACAUGUGUAACUCUCUCCAGGUUUGCACUGCUGUUGUACACUACCUCCAGGUCAGGGUGAGUGAGUUAAUAUUUAACAUCACAUUGGCAAUAUUUCAGCCAUAUCGUGACGGUCCAGGUCAGGACAUUCUUGAUGAGGAGGGAGACCUAUUUGUCACUGUACAGAAAUUUACUAGAUAUGAGAGGGUCCUGACUCAACUGCACAAACCAUGUAGGUUUAUCACAUAUAUAAGUGUUGUCCACCACUCAACAUAUGGCUGGAGUAUUCUAUAUAUAACUUGGGUGGAUUCAUUAUUCUUGCUGUACUGUAGACCUAUACUAGGAUUGAAGAUUGGCUGAGCAACACUGAUGCAAGUAAACAUCAGUGGAUGUUUUUCUAACAAAAGUUAAUGUUAGCUUUGUGGCUGUAAACAUUCAUUUUGCCACUCACUUGUGAACAUGGCCAUGUUUUUUUGUUGUGGCUUCUCAUGACGUUUUCUUAUAAUUUUUCUGAAGGCAGAGUUAGGAUGGGUAGUAUCAGAUCGUAUUGAUGGCAAGACCUUUUCCAAGCAACUAUUUUGGGUUACAAAGAGUUGCGAAACUGCUCAAUCAUAUGUUGCAGAGGGAGGGUUGGGUGGAGAUAAGAAAUCUUGAACUCUGGUAUAGAUAGGCUGUGGUGAAGGUGUUUGUCAACACCUUGUAUGGACUUGCACCUGACCAAAAGUGUCAUCUAUCCAGUGGUGAAUCAUUUUACAUGUAUGCAUUGUGAGCUUGGGUAUGCUGCUGUAUUUUGAGCAUUGUUCACAAAUAAAACUAUCAUUGUCUUGAA